AUGAGAGCUGGAAUUCUUCAUCACCUCGCUCAAGGAAACAUCUCUAUUCAUCCUGACCAGGCAAAGCCACUGCCACAACUGGGCACAGAUGGCCUCAGAACACUCAUUGAUAGCAAGAGCGAUCCGAAUAAUCCCGGACUUGGUGCAACUUGGGUCCGUGGAGAGUCAAGCGCUAGUCAGCGAAAUCAGCAAAUACCUCCAGGGGUGAAUAUCAAACCGUCAGGAUACCAACAACAAGACUCCAGUUCCGAUUCAAGUUCUGACUCCUCUUUCGGAGACUAA